GGCUCAGAAAUUUAAUGAAAUCCUACUCAUCAAAGAAUGUCUUCCACCAAGAGAUGCGCUAGCCAAUUACUUCAAUAUAAUUGUGAUCUACUGGCGUUCCAACAAGAAGUAUGCUGCAACUAUUUGGAGGAACGAGAAGAAGUAAAGCUUCUAUGUCUUUUGACUACAUCUUGUUUUUUUUUUCUUUUUUUUCCAUUAAUAUCUUUAAAUUUGGAUGAACAAAAAGGUUAAUCAAGGAUUAGUUUAGUGACUGAUCUAAAAGUUAACAGGUGACAGUAAAAAACUACUGUUUUGACAAUUUCUUCCUCAAAUCAGCAAUACCUGAGAAAAGUCUAGGAAACACCAUGAAAGGAUCUUGAAAGAAUAGAAUGCCUUAAGAUCCAAUCUUGUAUAUUGCUCCAGAUGUCCAUAUCGUUCCUUUCUCUGUUGAGGAUAUUAACAGAGAAGUUGAGGAUAUUAUCAACUCCAUUUUCCUAUAAAAACUUUCCUACCAUUAGCAUAUAAUAUAUCCUCCAGAUGUUCCUCCAAUCUGCAUUUGCCAUCUUUAUUUCAACCUAUGCUUUUACAAGUCAAAAACACGUAGCUUCUCUGAGACGAGCUUAUCCCCGGCGGCUGCUGCUGCUGCAAUUAUUAUUAUUAUUAUUAUUAUAUUCUUCCAACGAAGAUGGGAUCCUUCUAUUUUCUAUAUAAAAGAAGAGAGAAAAUCUAACCUUAAACACUAGCUGCUUAUGCUGCAACAACUAUCCUUCAGAUAUUGAGUUGAGUUCAAGCUUUGCAAAAUACCAUGGGAGAAGUGAAAGUGAUUGGAUCUUCUAAGAGCCUAUUCUGCGCAAGGGUUGAAUGGGCUUUGAAGCUUAAAGGAGUGGAAUAUGAGUACUUACAAGAAGAUAUAUGGAACAAGAGUCCCCUGCUUCUUAAGCACAACCCUGUUCACAAGAAGGUCCCUGUGCUUGUCCAUGAUGACAAACCAAUUGCUGAGUCACUUGUCAUCCUUGAAUACAUAGAUGAGACAUGGAAAGAUUAUCCUUUGCUUCCUGAAGAUCCAUAUGAGAGAGCCAUGGCUCGUUUCUGGGCUAAAUUUGCUGAAGAGAAGUGUUUGAUGGGUGCAUUUGCGGCUUUCUGGAAAGAGGGAGAAGAAAAGGAGAAGGCCAUAGAGUCUGCACUAGAAUCAUUUACAUUUCUUGAGAAGCAGAUUCAAGGGAAGAAAUUUUUCAGUGGGGAUGACAACAUAGGCUAUUUGGAUCUAGUAAUGGGCUGGAUUCCUCUCUGGCUGAAUGUUAUGGAAGAAGCUGGAGGGAUGAAACUGAUGGAUGCUCAAAAGUUCCCAUCUCUUCAUGAAUGGACUCAAAACUUCAUUGAAAUCCCUCUCAUCAAAGAAUGCUUUCCACCUAGAGAUGCGCUCGUCAACUACUUCAACUUCAGUUUGAGCUAUAAUCGUUCCAUGGCAGCAGCCAAGCAGUAAAACUAUGCAUUUUCUAGUUACCAAUUAGAACUUUAUUUAUUUGAAGUUGAAAUCAUAUUUUCCAGCCUUCAUGGAGAAUUUUCCUGGAAAACAAGCUUUGUUUUCCAUUACCAUAGCGCCACAAAGCUUUAUAUAUUGAGUUGUUUCCAUUUUCUCUCUUUCAUUUGGUUGUAUAAUAUGUGUUUUCCGUUCAGCUGUCAAAUCUUUGAAUAAAAUGUUGACAUCUUGAUUUAGAGAAA